AUGACUUCAGUGUCUACUAGUGAGGUUACUGAUGCUAAUGAGUUUGCCGAUCCAAGCAAGGAUUUGAGUCAGAUUGAGGAUGAGCUGCACAUCACAGAUUGGCCCUCAUCCUGCAGCUUCUCCAACUACAUUUGUGGAGAAAAUGAAACAAGAAGUUGUUUUAAAAACUUUUACGAAGUCGGUGACGCAAUAAAACCAGUUAUUGUUUGCGAACAUACAACAAGUUUCCAGGGCGAAGACAAUUUCUUAAGAGGAAUCAAGUGGUCUCCAUGUGGCAACCAAUUAUUAACUUGCUCGAAUGACAAACGUUUAAGAGUCUUCAACUAUUUUCAUGAUUGCAACAAGCCAGACGAAGCAUUAAAACUGCAGAGUGAAACACGUGAGGGGGAUUUGAUAUUUGAUUUUGCCUGGUACCCCUGCAUGAACACACCAGACCCUGCGACGUGUUGCUAUGCGUCAACAUGCAGAGACAAUCCAAUUCAUCUCUGGGACUCCAUGUCUGGUGAAUUAAGAGCCACCUACAGAGCAUUCAACCAAAUGGAUGAACUUGUGGCAGCAUGCAGUCUGUCGUUUGAUUGGAAUGGUGCAAAAAUUUUCUGCGGCUUCGAACGAAUCGUCAGAGUGUUUGAUGUCAGUCGACCUGGACGGGAUUUUGAAACUAGGCCCACUUGUUUCGAAAAAGAAGGACAGACUGGCCUGAUAUCUUGCUUUGCAUUCAAUCCUUCCAUUGCACACAUGUAUGCUUGUGGGUCAUAUUCAAAAUCUGUAUCAGUGUAUGACGAUAGCACUGGCGAAAUGUUGUACCUCUUGUUGGGCCAUCAAGGUGGACUGACGCAUCUGAAAUUUUCUCAGGAUGGAAGCAAACUUUUCUCUGGGGGCAGAAAAGAUCCCGAAAUUUUAUGUUGGGACGUUAGAAAACCCGGUAAAAUUUUGAUGACGAUGAAGAGAAAAGUCUUCACCAAUCAAAGGAUGUAUUUUGAUACUGACUGCAAAGACAGGACGCUGAUAACAGGAAAUCAUGAUGGGAAAGUUUCCAUAUGGGAUUUAAAUGAGGCGAACACACUUCCAACUGAUGUUGAACCGAUUCUGCCCCUCGUCAGGCAAUUUGAUGCACACGAAGACAAUGUGAACAGCAUAAGUUGUCACCCAGUCCAUCAAGUAGUAGCCACUGGCUCAGGACAGAGACAUUUCAACGUCACUCUGGAAUCAUCUGAUGAAGAGGAAGAUGACAGAAUGAAAUGCGAUAAUUCUCUACGCCUGUGGACUUUACAAGAAGUUGCAUCCUGA